GCGUGUAGUGCAGGCUAGCGCGAUGGAGUCGGGGUUGAUUGGGCGCUUAGCCCCGCGCCUGGGCCUCACUAAACCUGAAGUGCUGAGAAAAGCAGAGGAGUACUUGAGACUGUCCCAGGUGAAGUGCAUUGGUUUAUCUGCACAUAUCACAGAAACCAGCAAUGCAGUCAUGUGCCUGGACCUUGCUGCUUCCUGGAUGAAAUGCCCCUUGGACAGGCCUUAUUUAAUUAAACUUUCUGGUUUGAACAAGAAGAUGUAUCAGAGCUGUCUUAAAUCUUUUGAGUGUUUACUGGGCCUGAAUUCAAAUAUUGGAAUAAGAGACCUAGCUGUACAAUUUAGCUGUACAGAAGCAGUGAACAUGGCUUCAAAGAUACUGCAAAGUUACGAGUCCAGUCUUCCCCAGACACAACAAGUAGAUCUUGACUUAUCCAGGCCACUUUUCACCACUGCUGCACUACUUACAGCAUGCAAGAUUCUAAAGUUAAAAGUGGAUAAAAACAAAAUGGCAGCCACAUCUGGUGUAAAAAGAGCCAUAUUUGAUCGACUAUGUAAACAAUUAGAGAAGAUUGGGCAGCAAAUUGACAAUAGAGAACCUGGAUAUUUAUCUAGUCCACCCCAGAAGAAAAAGAAAAUAGUGGUUGAACCACCAGUGAAGGAAAUAGAAAAAGUAGUAGAGGUCCCACAUACAUCUCAGAAAGAUGAAGAUCUGACACAGGAUUAUGAAGAAUGGAAAAGGAAAAUUUUAGAAAAUGCUGUGAAAGCUCAAAAGACUACAGCAAAGUGAUUGCAGUUUCCAGACUGGUAUGUGCUGCAAACCUACGGUACGCUGCCACUUCCAGGAAGAUUUUAGGACUUUGGGAUUUUGUUUGAACUUUUAUAACAAUACCCUAUUGCCUUCAUAGUAAAGAAGCCAGCACUAGGGCUAAUUUCUGUUCUGGGCUAUGGGCUGGCCCCUGCCUUGACAAUAUUAAAUCAACUACAAUACUUCAGCUCUCCACAGGUCUCCACUCUCCCACAAGAUGUAAUAGAAACCACUUUGCUUUUCGAUUGUGUUUUAAGCUAAAGGCAGUUUCCAUUUCUAUCUGGAAUAUAAAUUUCAGGCUGAAUGGAAUCUUACCAAUUCUACUUAAGUUGUGUGUGUUUUUUGGUUUGACUAAAUAUAUUGUACAGCCUAUAUUAAUAAAUGUUAUUUUUAUAUACACUCAGA